UUCAAUUUUCCCCUUAUCUUCACAAAGAAAAUUCAUGUUUGUCAAAUCAAUAAAAACUUCUCUUCUUCCAAACUCUGGGUUAAUUGCAUGGUUGGUCACUGAGAUUACAAAAAACGUUCAAGUUUGGUCACUCGAAAUAUUUAAAUCCAUUGGUGGUACUUCAGUUUACUGAAACCGUUCAUGUUUGGUCACCCUCCGUCCAAAUCUGUUAACUUUUGCUGAUGUGGCAGUCAACCCUCAAAGUUGACCGUUAACUUAGUGACGUGGCAACUAAAAAAUUAUUAAAAAAUAAAAAAAUAAACUUUUAUUUUUCCACCUCAUUAUUGCAUUCAUUAAAAAAUAAAAAAUAAAAAAACUAAUUUCUUUAUUUUUUAGAAAACGAGACUUCUUCCCUCCCGCGGCGGUUCCGAUGCUUCCUCCGCCUCGCUAAACAGAACAAUAACAGUGAAGCCAUAAGUAGAAGAAAAGGAAACAGAGUACCAAAGACGCAUCCCCAUAAGAAAACAGAGUACCCCACUGAGAAUUGCUCUGAAACUAAAGCGCAUAGCAAAGUGUCUGAGAAUUUCGCAGCGAUGGUGCUCAUAAUUCGUGUUCGAUUUGGGAAACAAGAUACCGCCGGUGCCGGAGAAAGCGUGCAAUCCCCGGGGACCAAGCGCCAGAGAAUUGACUCCCGGAAAGAUUGCGGCCCGCCGCAGAGGAUGAACGCAUCAAAGAAGGAAAAGAAGAAGAUGCAGAAGCAGACGCCGAUUGCAGCCGCCAGAGAGAUUCAGGAAGCCGAUUAAACUGAGGAUUUUGAUUAAACGCCCCAAUUAUCUCCCAACCCACGGUGGUUUCGUAGGCAUAACAGCAGCUUCAGGAAUUGCAGCAGAAUUGGGAAUCCCAUUAACUCACCGAGGGGUUGCCAAUAGCGUAAGGUUUCUAACCGGUCAUUCAAGGAAAGGAGGCACCGAUCCACUGUUUGUUGCAGAGAAUGCUGUUGACCCUGAUUCAACCCAGGUGGUUUACAUGGGCUUGGCCACUCUCCCUUCUCUUGCUACAAAAUCGAUCCAUCAUGGCUUGCCGGAAGACACACCGGCUGCUGCAGUCAAGAGAGGAACCACAACACAACAGCGCAUUGUAAGCUUUGGACAACUAGUGGAAGAUUUGCUCUUGUGUUUCUUUUUCUUCCAUGCGGCUGAGAAUGCUGACUUGUCUAUUUCUACUAUCUACAGCUUUUCGCGGAACUGAAGGAUCUUGCUUAUAAGAUUUCAGAAGCCGAGUUAGUUUCUCCUUCACUGAUCAUAAUAGGGAAGGUUGUUGAACUUCACCACUAUGGCCAUGUUCUUCUAAUGAAUCAGUUGCUUUGGG